AUGUUUCCGAGCAGGAGGUGCCGCAAACCGAAGGCUUGCACAUGUGAUUUAUUUUUACUUAGACAUUUUGUGUCGGUUUUUUCAGGACCCCAAGAGGAAAACCAACCAUCUCCAGUCCUGGAUCCUCAGCUGGAAACAUCGCCGGAGUUAGAUCCGAGUAUUUUGAAUAUUCUAGGUGACGAACCUGCUAAAGAAGAAAUAUUUAGCAAGGCUGUGCACAAGGAUAUUGCUAACCGAUGGUCCGAUAUACUAAUCAAUGGUUUAAAGGAGGAUGUCAAAAAGGAAAUUAUUUCCGGUCACGACAUUCCUGAGAAUCUGACGUUACUGCAGAGUCCUAUAAUAAACCCUGAAAUCAAAGCGGCGGUCAACGAAAACGCGCUUAAGAGAGACAUUAUUUUAUCAGAAAAGCAGAGAAGUAUGGCUUGCGUCAUGACAUGUAUAGCCGACUUAAUGUCGUCGAAUUUAGAAAAUCAUUCCGACGCCACAGAAAAUAAAGAAAGUUUGAAGCUACUCAGCGAUGCAGGCCGCUUGUUAUGCCAUAUACAUUACGAAGAGACUUCAGCUAGAAGGAACUUCUUGCAAGCUUGUCUUAGCAAAGACGUCAAAGACAAUAUAAAGGACCUGAAACGAGAUAAAUUCCUUUUUGGUACGGAUCUUUCAGAGAAACUGAAAUCUAUGAAGGCGAUAACGAAGACUGGCGCGGAGAUGAGACCCGCCUCAACGAAACCGAAGCCUCCACCUAAGAGCAGACCGGCUGAAGCGGUACCUUCGAGGGCUUUAAACUGGCGGGGCCCGCCACCGCCGGCACCUCGGCGCGCGUACGCGCGGACGAGCUCGACGGCUGGUGGGCGCAGGCAGCCGGCAGCGACGCCGCGCGGCAGCGCGCGCCGCGACCCUCGCCCGCGGAGCAGCAAGCCGACCGCCAGUCGGCGCUAAGCAGCGAGUCGCAGGCGGGUACACUACAGUUUUAUUACCAUAAUUGGCAACGCGUAACUAAUGACCCGGUAGUUUUAUCUUGGGUCAGAGGCUUACGCUUGCCAGUUGACAUUGAUAUCGUCCAGUCACAGAUACCUGUAAAUAAACCACAGUCGGCUCAGCAUAAGUUAGAAAUGAAUAAUGAAAUUACUAAACUCAUAAAUAUAGGCGCUGUUCGACAGUGCGAGCCAUGCGAGGGUCAAUUCUUAUCAAGCAUUUUUCUAAUUAAGAAAAGUAAUGGCCAGAAUAGAUUUAUCCUAAAUUUGAAGCAAUUGAAUAAGUUUAUUCCUACACCACACUUCAAAAUUGAGGAUUACAGGACUUUGAUG